AUGAAGUGGUCCGCCAGGUUCAGUCUCUUGACUGAUCUGCGUCAAGCUUUCCAGACCGCAUUGUUCCCAACCUUCCUGGCGGUAGUCAGAUCACCGUUGCUUCUCCUGCAUCCGCAUGCCAUCUCGGAGAUAUUCAUGUCCCACGUUUGGGUAAUGAUGUCUGCCGCCGUGGACGAGGGCGGCAAACAAGUUAAAGAAAAUCUGAUCACCCCGCAUGCGUAUGGCGUUGUAUUCGACAUUGGCGCAGGGCAUGGCCACACCGUCAAGUACCUAGAUCCCACAAAAGUAACCAAAUACAUCGCGCUGGAGCCCAACGCCCUCAUGCACCGCCAAAUCCGAAAAAAUGCCGCGCUCGCAGGAUUCACCGAAUCCGCGGACACCCUCCUUAUUUUGCCCUACGGCGCCGAAGCGACCGCGCAGAUACUACGCUCACUCGGUCCAGAGCCUCAAUGCGUCGACACGCUGAUCUCCAUCCUCACAAUCUGCUCGUUCCCCAUGGAGCCCGAGCCAGAUGACGUACUCGCCGCGCUGGUGGCGAGCGUGCUCAAGCCGGGUGGGCAGUUCUUGUUUUACGAGCAUGUCGCGAACCCCCAGGCGGAGGUGAGGUGGUGGCAGCGUUUCUGGACGCCCCUGUGGAGCAUGACUUGCGGGGGCUGCAGGUUGGAUAGGGAUACCCCUGCUAUUGUUAAGGGGAUGGGGAUACGGGAGGAGGGGCAGGAGUCUGGGAUGUGGAGGGAAUGUAAGAUGUGGGGGAAGGAGGGGGAAGACGUCGACAGCUUGUUUUGGCAUAGCGUCGGCAGAGCAGUAAAGGCGUGA